GCCUCGGUAAUGGCAAGUGACAGAGGGUGAGGAAGACGAGGCGAAAGUUUUUCAGCUAGUAGUUGCCGUUGGGGGGAGUUUUUGUGCUCGAUAACAACAGCAGCGUCAUAUUCCUCUACUCUGACAGGGAUUCAGCGGUGUCGUCGUCUGAGUGAAAAUCAACCGUCUUUCGUGUGAGGCUAAAGUCGUGAACCGAGGGGGUCUGUCGGUUGGUCUCGUAGCAGCUGAGUAGAUAUACACCAGAAGUUUGUUCGACUUCGAGCAAAUUCACCGAAGAGGAGAAACUAUGACCAACAGAGAGGACGAAUAUGACUAUCUCUUUAAAGUGGUGCUGAUCGGAGAUUCAGGUGUAGGGAAGAGUAACCUGCUGUCACGCUUCACCCGCAAUGAGUUCAACCUGGAGAGCAAGAGCACCAUCGGGGUGGAGUUUGCCACGCGCAGCAUCCAGGUAGAAGGCAAGACCAUCAAGGCUCAGAUCUGGGACACAGCUGGACAGGAGCGAUACCGAGCUAUCACUUCUGCGUACUACCGUGGAGCAGUUGGAGCUCUCUUGGUUUAUGACAUUGCCAAACACCUGACGUAUGAAAACGCUGAGCGCUGGCUGAAGGAGCUGCAGGACCACGCAGACAGCAACAUAGUCAUCAUGCUAGUGGGAAACAAAAGCGAUCUACGCCACCUAAGGGCUGUGCCCACAGAUGAGGCCAAGGCUUUUGCAGAGAAGCAUGGCUUGUCUUUCCUGGAGACAUCAGCGUUAGACUCGUCUAAUGUGGAGCUGGCUUUCCAAACUAUUCUCACAGCCAUCUACAACAUCGUGUCACAGAGGCAGAUGUCAGGGCGAAGCGACUCAGACUUCUCACCAGCCUCCAACGUGGUGCCCAUCACGGUCGAGCCCACCCAAAACUCAGCCAACAAGGGCGUCUGCUGCCAGUCCAACUGAGACCUUAUCACUGACCUCCUCCUUCACCUCCAGGCAAAUGGAGAAACAGCCUCAUAGACAAACAGACACAGACAGAUGGACAGAUGGACAGGGAAAAUGGAGAGACAGGUAGAAAUAACCAUUUCACAGAGGGACAUACUGGGGUUGAUUUGUCUAGUGUCUGGUUAAGAAAACUUAAUACAGUAUGAAGAGAGGGACCAGUGAAGGAGGGAUGGUAAAGAAGUUUAGAUAAGCAGUCAAGGGGGGUGUGAAUAGGGAGGUGCACCCUGUAUAGCUUUGAAAGAGGUACAUGAUCAGAAUUGAUUCACAAUCUAAUGAAAAAUUUAACAUUAUGAGGUCCCUUUUGUAUCUCGUCACGAUUUCUGUCUUUGCAAACUGUCCUCCCUUUGAAAGCUCUGUUUUACAAGCCGGUAAAUGCUCUCCCUCAGUUCCCCACUACCUGGAUAUUGAGCAAUAAAAAUCCACAUCCAGUAGACUGAUCUGCAACCCCUCUGUCGCCACUGUCAUUCCCAUUUUUCCAAAAUGUAUAAUAUUUAGAUAAGUGUCCCAGAUAAUAUUUAUUGAACACUAGAUUAAGGUCUUGUUUGGCCAAAGGGUUUGCAAUUUAACACUGGUUGGUUCAGAUUUUCCCCACUGAAUUCUUCAUUGCAAAGGGAGCUCUCUUGCUUUUCGUGCUUUUGCUUUUACCUGCAAUCAAAUCUCUAUGUGGAGAAGCUUGUAAGGGCAACUGUCCCUCACUAAUGGAAGGAGCAAGGGCUUCAAGUAAUUUUUUCCUAAAUGUGCAGGUUGGUCGAAGUUGGUCGGUUCAAGUUGUAUUCCACCAGGCCACUUAGAGCAAUAACAUCCCUCCCAAACAGUGGCAUGUAAUUUCUCUUUGAUUGCUUUUGAUCUUUGUUUGGAAGCCUUUCCUGCUCUGUGCACACUUUGUACUCUAUAGAUGAGUCAUGCUCUUGUGAGCUUUGCACAGCGUUAACUCUAAACGAGAUGGGAUAGCUGCAUCACUUGUGGAUACGUUAACUGCCUAACAUGUCGCUGGGAUAGCAGCACUGUUGAUGACCGUUUCACCCCUGCUCUGAACAUUUGGGUGUAGUGGAAGAGAUUAUGUUUAAAUGCAUGGACAACCCUGCACUGCUGCUCCUGCUGGCUGCUAGCGGGGAUGGAUGGAUGGAUGGAUGGCUGGAUGGCUGGAUGGAUGGAUGGAUGGAUGGAUAAUGUUUCAGGAGAUGAGGUAGUGAGGGCACUCAGCCCUGCCCUGCUCCUGUGAUCUCUGAUGUACCCGAGAUGGCUUGUUUUACUGUAAGUGAAAUCCUCCGCUGCCUGCUCACCUACUCCUCUCUGUCUCUCUCCACACUGUAUAUAACUGGAACAGGACUCUGCCUUCUGGGAUCUCCCUGAGGUCUGCCCUCGCUCUCACUUGUCUUUAUUUCCUGUUGAGGGGGCGGGGGUUCUAUUCAGGAGCCAGGAUUGGGUUUGUUAGUAUGUAAUAGUUUAAGCGAUGAGGAAAAGGAGAAGAGGAUGGUAGUGUUGGGAGGGGCUUGAUUAAAUCCAAAGGUUAUGCACACAGAUGGCGUUUAUCCUGCUGAUGUGUUCCCACAUCAACACUGACUUCUGUUGACUUCACAGGUUUUGAACUGGGUGGUGUAGGUUAGGGCUUUUUAAACAUUUAUUCUAAUAUAUGUAUAUUUGGACUGCAUAUGUAUAAAUAAAUCUCAUUUGUUAUAGCCUGCCUCUUCUCGUGUCUCUUCACGAUGUUUUAAAACGAUGAAGGGAGCAAGUAGCUGGCGUCUUCAUUAGUGAAUCUGGUAGAAGGGCAGAAUUAAUUGAAUGAGUCGUGAUUUUAGGUACCAUGAUUGCUAAUCACAGAAUACAGACAUGGCUAUAAUAGAAGUCAAUUCUUAAUGUCCACUGUGAUUCGGUAACAAGCUAUUUGCAGUGCUGUAAAAUGAUACCGUUCCUCUGAUCACUGAAAUUUAAAUAUGAAUAGUCAUUAUCAUCAAAGGAUCGAUUUAGUCAUAAGUACUCCCCCUUCAAACAAAAUUAAAAAAAAAAACACAAUUGGUUUCAAUUGGAGAUCAUUUCAUUUUUGUUUUAUUAGAAACAUUUACAAUACAUCUUGAAUCUUGGAAAAAUAACAAAGAACCAGAACUAACAUGGCGCAGAUACAAUAAUAAUAAUAAUAAAAAUGUCUCCAAAAAAUGUAAUUCACAAAAAAACAUGUGCUAUAAGAAAUAAACCUGCAAUAUCACAUGCCUUGUAAGGGCAUGGCACACUGUAACAGAGUUCAAAGACUUCUUUUUUUUUCCAUCCAUCAAAGUUGACGGUCAGCCACAGAGGGCCACAGUGGCAACCCUCUUUCACUGUUCACAGAAACUAAUGCCAGGUGAUGCUGGCCCAAAAACUAAUGCACUACGACCACUAUUAGACCGGUAUGAAACACCUCUACUGUGCUGGAAAAAUUGGAAACGCUACCAAAGACAAACUGUCAGACUGUAUUGGCCUCUUUGGAAAAGGUUGCGAGUUUCACCAGCAAGCACCACUUCAGUCCCCAUCCUUUACAUGCAGCAGAAAAUGUGCCAUUGUAGUAUUUUUGUCAAGUUUUUUUUUUUCCUUUAUCUGUAUCAACUCUUACACAAACUAAGAACUUCAAGUUAAUUCAUAUGAGGUGUGAACAGUCUUUCAUCACUAUCAGGUAACUGAGAAUACAAACUCCAACUUUUAUGUGGGGACUGAAAUGGUCUCUUUGCCUGGCUCCAAACUCAUGUCAACUUUCCAGUUUCCAAAGAGACUCCAACUAUGAAAAUCUACAGAGGAGAAACAGCCCAAGUGCGCUGACGUUAAAGGAUAACGCAGGACCUGCGCCAUUUCUCCUGUCUAAGUGACCAUACAACAUACAUGCAACCUAGUACGGUAAUGAAUCUGUUGUGUGUAUAUGUGUGCAUCUAGUUACAUAGAUCUACUACACAGUGCGCUCUUGUCCUCUCCUAGAUGCCUCCGCUCAAUCCGCACGCUUCUCCCAAUUAACACAUUAGGGAAAGUCUCUCAUAAAGACUUUCUUUAAGCUGAUUAUACUCUGCUGCUAUCGAUCACAAACUGUCUGAGUAGUAGAUGUAGAAAAUGUAUGAAUGAAAAGUGUGUACAAGUUAUGUGUGGCCCUAUUGGCGAGAGGGUCACAGCUACCUCAUUCAUUCCAAGCGUUGCAGUCGUAACAUGUUUUAUACGUUUGAUAAGUAAAAGCGAGUUUAGAUUACAGAGGAAAUGAGUAAUGUGGUUCAGUCAGUAACAUGGGGUUAGUUGAAGGGGAGAAAGGGGUUACAGCAAGCAGCACUGCACAAAGAAUGCUGAUGCAGGAAAAAUAUAUAAUUGAGGCACAAAAUUGAUGCUCUGUGACUAAAAUAUCUCCAAAUUCUAAAAAAUAUUAUAUUAUUUUCUGUAAUUAUUCCAUUGUGAAUGCACUGAUGUUGACGUAGCGCAUGUCUGAAGUUAAAAUUUAAGCUAUGGGGAACUCUUCGUUGUUCCAUUUACUUCAUUCACGAUAAAGUACAUGGAAAAGACGAGCGUCCAUAACUUUCAUAAAUAAAACUUCUAAACUUCU